GAAUUAUUCAAACAAACACUUUGUUUCUACUGGUGAUAGUGUUAACAACUGCGAUUUUUCGGGAUUAAAAUGGAUGUUUUCAAUACUACAACAUGGUAUAUAUUCAUGAUUCUCUUACUUCCAAUCGGCUAUUUUGUCUGGUUAUACAAAAAGACAUUUGCAUAUUGGAAACAGCGAGGUCUGGACUAUCUCGAACCAUCGAUACCAUUUGGAAACGCCUUCGACGUGGUCAUGAAAAAAGUUACACUAGGUGAACUUUUUGCCCAACACUACCGUCAAAUCAAAGAGAAAGGGCUCAAACACGCGGGUACUUUCUUUUUUUGGCAACCAAUCUAUGUCCCUGUUGAUUCAGAGAUCAUUAAACGUAUUCUGAUUAGCGACUUUGAAUAUUUUCCCAACCACGGCAUGUAUAUAAGUGAGGAGAAAGACCCUUUAUCCACGCAUAUUUUCAACAUGGAAAAUGGUAAAUGGAAGAACCUCAGGGCGAAGUUUCCAGCGGCGUUUACUUCUGCUAGGAUGAGAAAAAUGUUUUUGAUAAUGGAAAAUUUAAGCAAGCAAUUUAAAGAUAACUUAGACGCGUUUGCUAUUAAUGGUACUUCUUUGGAUAUAAAAAGUGAAAUAAGUCGGUUUACCACAGAUAUAAUAUCAUCAUGUGCAUUUGGAAUCGAGACCAAUACAAUGAAACGCGAAAAUGAUGAGUUACUGAAACAAGGAAGGUCCUUUUUCGACGAUCAGUGGAACAUUUACAAAAAUAUUUCCGUUCUAACAAUACCCCGACAUAUUUUAGUCAAGCUGAACUUCAGGAUAAUGACGAGAGAAUUCGAAAAAUACUUCUCCAAUCUCUUCCAGAACAUCAUGAAGUACAGAAAAGAAAAAGAAAUAAAACGAGGUGAUCUAGCAGACAUUCUUAUAAGACUGACUGAAAAACAUGAAGACGAACACGACUUUUCAGGAAAGAAACCUAUAGACCCUAUUAAUUCAAACGAAUUCGUUUCGCAGAUGGUGGUGUUCUUUGCGGCUGGUUUUGAAACGUCUUCUAGUACACAGACUUUUGCUUUGUACGAACUUGCUAAGAAUCCGGAAUGUCAAAGUAAGCUGCGAAUGGAAAUCAAGGACAUUUUGGCCAAGUACGACAAUAAGCUUACAUACGACGCUGUAAUGGAGAUGAAAUACCUAGAACAGGUUGUAGAUGAAACGCUGAGGCUCUAUCCCGUCUUUCCUAUAUUACCCAGAGUGUGUGUGAAAGAUUACGAAGUACCAGGUACUGAUUUUACCAUAAAGAAAGAUACGAUCGUUAUGGUUUCAAACAUGGGUAUUCAGCGUGAUCCAGAAUACUAUCCAGAUCCGAACAGAUUUGACCCCGAGCGAUUCUCUAACGAAAACAAAGCCAAACGGCCUUUCGUUUCGUAUGUGCCUUUUGGGGAAGGCCCAAGAAUUUGCGUGGGUAAACGAUUUGGCCUAUUGCAAUCUAAAAUUGGACUUAUAACUGUGUUAAGGAAUUACGAUAUUUCUUUGGAUAGAAAAACCACAGAUUCCUUUAAAUUUGAACCAAACGAGUUAAUUUUGAGGAAAACUGGUGACGUGUGGUUAAAACUGAAGCAAAUAUAACUGUGAACUUCCAUCCUGUUCUUUAUUUAAUAACUAAAUAAUAUACCAUGUUACUUACUCCAACAUAUUUUCUAUAUUUGUUAUUUGAAAGCAAUUUAUUUUGUUAUAAUUAGAUAUCGCCAUACUUUUAUUCUAAUAACAGUUCUGUCUAUAUAAGCAAGAGGAAUAGGAAUUUAUUUAUUUAUUUUGGUUAUUUAUUUCUUCUUACAUUUAAUAAAGUCUUCAAACUACGAAAAU